CCCGUUUGAUAUUGUCCCUCCUUUCCUUCAGUGAUUUAGAGCGUGUUUUUCAACAGUCCAAAGGACAUCCGGUCUCGCAGACCAGCCAUGUUAAACAUACUGCCUCACCCAUCUCGACAAAGCGUGUUAAUACGUGCCAGUUCGGCCCAUCUACGCAACUUUCAACGGUGUCUGAGUGUACGGAAGACACAACCUUUUAUAUGGCGAAGAAUAAACUUGGGAAAUUAUGCGUUUCGAAGAGUCCGACUACCAAGAUUAUCUGAUGGAUCGGCGACGUCUGCCUCUGGUAACAAGUCUUCUGCUCAACAUCCCUCACUGAACAAGCCGAGGCGGCCCAGCGAUCCAAAUAGCUCCGUCCGAGCAAGCGUAACCUGGUUGACCAGAGAUCCAGCGCUUGUGGAUCUUGAAAAACUACGCCUAGAGCUACCUAGGUAUUGUGAUAAUAAAUCCCUGGUGAAGCUCGUGGUCUUGUUAGUGACACCGUCCCUGGCUUCGCUCAUCGACCCAGGCGCCUUCUUUCAGCAUGUCCUAACUUCUCUCUACGCUGGCCGUCGAAGUUUUGUGUGGGAAAACCCCAUAGAGAAACCCAUCAAAUGCGUCACUGCUGUUGUUGACGCGCUUCCUGUUCCUCCAGAAACUCCUAGCAAUUCAGAUGGAGAUUCUGCACGAGCCGCUAUUUCCGAUGGACUUGCACUCUUCAUGAGCUCUGAGAGUUUCGACGCGCGAUCUGUUUAUGCGCCGUCGGAACUGCUUGACGACGCAGAGAACAAGCCCACCGCAACAUUGAAAUUUUGCUCCACCCCUGAGGUGAGCUCGUCUGCUCUGGCAUCAGACCAGGGCCCCCCCGUACGGCACGUCACAUUACCUGCUGCCAACACCAUCUUUGUCAAUGGACAGCGCGCUACUCUUUUCCAGGAUUUGUGGAGGAUCAGGCUCACUGAUUCCGAGGAGCCAUCCAUCAACUAUCUCGGCAGAAAGAAUCUCAAAUCAUUCCAGUUGAACCUUCAGUGCCCCGAAGAUAGUUUUGUAAAUGGUGGAUCUGCUCCCCUUCACAUACUAACGAAGCCGAGGAAGGUAGUACGAUCUAUGGGAAAUGUGCUUCGUCAAAUUGAGGUCGAUGGGGAGGGUGUCCCCGCCUCACAAGAGCUCGAGAAAGCCGUUUCAGCAUAUAUCAAGGCGAAUCCUGCGAGCACUGCUCGAAGCCCACUACUUGUCUUUGCUCUGAUCCGUCCACCGGGGACAUUAUCGUUUGAAGAGGGUCCCGACGGGAACAACGAUAUUCAUGGAUCGGGUUCACUGAAGUCUCUAUGGCACGGUGCACAGCUCUUCAAAGUGUCGGGCGGCGGAGGAGGUUGGGGAAAGAGACAGGGCCUCCUAUCACUGGAAGCAGCCGUGGGUUUUGAGACCACUGAAGUUGCACCGUCCUUGGCGUUCCCCGAUUUCGAUAACGACCAAAACGUUUUGCAUGAGCUGAGCUCGCGCGGUAUAGUCCCGACAGGCAGUACGGUCGAGUUCCUCGUUUGUUCCGCGGAUCUUACGUGCAAGGACACCUCCAGGGCAUCCCUUUCCAAGCCGGCGCCUUUCCUUCCCACAGAAGACGGUACGACAGUCGUACUAGGCACUGCCACGGACCCCGAUUCCCAGGACGGCAUGCUAGAGGGCCCAAAUGUCACCAACGCAGGAGUGAUCUUCUUACCGGAUUACUUCGGCAUGGUCUCUUACGGAGGUGCUGCUCUCGGCACCAACGGCUCAAUGUCAACCAGGCUGAAACCAUCAGCGAUUUCGCGGACGCGAUGUGAUGUGCCAAAUGCUCGCUUCAUCAUUCGCGGCGUGGGAAGUGUUCGACAGCCCCGUUCCAAAGAAAAAGAGUAGAUGUGAGAGACAGAACAGGAGAACUCAACUGCAGAAGGGAAGAUGUCGGUCGGGUUCUCAACCAUGACAAUUUAUGUCAUCAAAGCUUGACUU